CAAUCAUUCAGUUCGAUUAGCUCAGUACAAUAGCAACAGUGACAUAUAUUCAUAUAAAAUAAUAUAAGAAUUUUUUCUUUAAAAAACAAAAAUGAAAAUCAUUUUAGUAACACUCUGCCUUGUUGCAGCUUCCAAUGCUGCUUAUGUACCUAUAAAUUAUCGCAACGCACGUGAUGUAUCUCACCUGAAUUUAGAAUAUUUACCACCUGUAAGAACACCAACUAGAGAAUAUCUACCACCAGUAACAAGCUCAGCAGCGACAAAAAUAAAUAAUGAAUACUUGCCACCUGUAGAGGAGCCCACACCUACCACAACUAUUUCAAAUGAAUAUUUACCACCAGUUGAAGAAACAACAGCAGCAGUUGUAAAAGUUUCUAAUGAGUAUUUGCCACCUACAGAAGCGGAAGAAGUAGCUGUAGCUGAAGAACCAACCGAAAUUGUUAAUAAAGAUGCAGCAGCAGAAGAUGAGGAACCAGCUGUAGAAACUGAACCAACAGUUGAGACAGAAGCACCGACUGUAGCUGUUUCUGAUGAGGAAGAAGCUCCAGUUGAGACAGCAGUACUUGCGGCCGAUGGCUAUCAUUAUAGAAAGCCUGCCGUGGUUCCCGAUUUAUCACCAGCUGCUUCAUACUUGCCACCUGUUACUGAUAAUUCAGUCAGUGCAGAUGUACCAGUUGAGAAUAGCCAAGUUUUAGCUAAUGAUGGAUAUCGUUACCGCGUUGUGAGACGUUUCCGUUAUUAAUUACUAAGCAUAUUAUACAUAAACACAAAUGCUGUUAUCUGAAUAUAUAAUUAUUAUUAUUAUAAUUAUAGUUAUUGUUGCCUAAUUGUGUUACUCGA